UAAAAAUCUGUAACAAGCUGGACAAUAAAAGGUGACGAAAUGUUUUUGAAAACUCAAUAUGUCUAAGACUAGUCGAGCUGUAAUUAUAACUACCAUUUUGGCAGCAUCUUUCGGCGUAACUCAGUCAAAGCAGACAUAUGGUAACGUUCCUGAUGUAUUAAAAAAAGUACUUAUAAAAUACGAAGGUAUUCAUAAUAAUUCUAAUAAUUAUGAUAAAAUCAAAGACAUCCGAAGGUCUUCGUCUAAGGAUACAGACAUUGAAGAAUCAAUACGUAAGAAAAUAAACGAAUUGAAGCCUAUACUUGACGAUGAAAAAGUAUAUGACAGAAAAGGAAAAAUAGAAUUUCACGAAAAUGGAAAGAUGGAAAGCAAAACAGGACAGGUGGAUACCCCAAACCAGAAAUAUAAGAAACUGAGGAGCGAAAUAGAAAAGCAUUUAAAGGUUGAACCUAUAUCGGAAGAAACUAAACAUAUUGUUAUUGAAGCUUUAGAUCAGAUUGAAACUGAAUUGAACGUGAAUGAUUGCGAUUUGAAGAAGGCAGAAGGAAAUUACAUGAGAAGAGGGAAUUCACGCGAAAGACAACCUUCUAUAGUUAUUCCCAAUAACGCACGGACGGAUAAAAUAUUGAAACAUUUAAAAGAAAAAUGGGAUAAAGUAGUAAGUCAAUACUCGAUGCCCGCUGAUACUACAAAUCAUAAUGAUACAAUUCGAAAAGAAGCAUUUGUGUUCCUUACACAGUUAAGACAGUUCGUUUUUGAUGUUCAUGAAGAUUACACAAAACUGCAAAACACGUAUGAGAUUGAAUGUGAUUCGUCUGAUAAAGUAUUAAGAAUGAACUCUCCGACUUUUAAACAAGAAAAUGUACUUGAUAAAGAUGAUACGUGCAUUGGAGUUAAGCUUCUUAUAUGUUCGGCAGAACUAUUAGAUUUCUUAGCUGAUUUCUAUAACCAAUUAAACGAAACAUAUACUGAAGUGUUCAAGAACUAUAUUGAGAUGUAUGAAAGAGAAAUUGAAUAUAAGAAAGAAUCUUUUAAACAUGUCUUAGAACGUACUUUAGCUCACGCACGAGAAAAGAUAAAGGAAAUGUUUUCAAAAGAAUUAGAAAAACUAAACGAAAUUUUGGAUAACCGUUCUAAAAGAGCUGAUGGUCUUAAAACCAUCAUCGAUAGAACAGUAGAAAAUAGUAAAGAGUUAAUUUACGCUUCCCUAUCUAUGAAACUGAAGAAAUUGAAACCGAAACUUCGUUUAACUAUUAAAGAAGACAUAGACGUUGCAAUCGGUAUAGAAUUGGGAAAUCUACAAAAAGUAUAUAAGGAUAAAAUGUGUGAAAUAUUUCGAACUUGUAACGGUGACAUUGCGUUGCGGAAAAGUAUUAUUACAGUUACCACACGACAGGUAAAUCGUUUGAAUCCAAAUAGCAUAAAAAUAAGAUUAAGACUAGGACCUGUUGUACCAUACAAGAGAAUUAAGAAAAAGCAUAAUAUAAUUAAUCAUGAUCAUAUAAGAAAACAAUGGAAAGGACACACAAAAAACGCCCUGGAAUUUAAUGAAAAAGUAAGUGCAAGAAAAACUAACAUUUUAAGGCCUUUUAAUAUCAGUGAAUAUACGCAUACAGUAAAUGUGACAAGAACGACAUAUACAGAGUUUACUGAGAAACCUACAACAGUUAUAGUGGGAAAUUUAUCGCAAGUGGUAGAAAAUGUAACAGAGAGUGACUCCCCAGUGGUCUAUUAUUAGUACAAAAUAUAAUUGUGAUA